UACAGCCACUUUGUGAAAAAUCAACUACCGGUACAGAACUUACAAAGUUAAAAGCAUGUCAACAAAUACAUUCCAAGGUCUUGGUGACGAAAGGAAAUCUUCUAGGGUUUUGAAACCCCCUGGUGGCGGAUCUAGUAAUCUUUUUGGCGCACCACAAGCCACAACUGCUGCUGAAUCUGCAAAUCAGUCCAAGUCUAAACAGACAUCUUCCAACAUCUUUGGUGAUCCCUAUGACCCUGAACGAGAUGUUAGAAGGAGUGAUCAGAAAAAAGCCGAAGUAGAACAACAAAAGAAGCAAGAAUUUGAAACACCAGCAUAUGUGAGAGCGGAGAAACCACAAGAAGAUACCCAAUCGAAGUUGUUUGGUGAUAAUUCAAACCAGUCACGUCGUGGAAAAGGACAAGGUGAAGAGUUUCCAGCCUAUGACCGCUCUGUAUAUGCAGCUCAGAUGGUCCACCAGAAAAACAACGUUCAAAGAGCCUCUUCCUUUAACCCCAUCACGGGGGAGACAUAUACUGGGUCGGAAGAAGACACACAGCCUGCCCACACUGGUAAAAGGAAAGGAGGACAGAACAUAGGAGCCUACAAUCCUAUCACUGGAGAAGAGUACAGGGAAAGUCAGGCAAGGGAGGCUGCUAGUAAAGGUGAUGGUCCACAGCACAUUCGCAAUAGCUCUAAGGUCCUGGCCCCACCAGGUGGAGCGAGCAGUGGUAUCUUCUAGGCCAAAGUCCUUGUCACGGACAUCAGGAUUGCUAUGAUGGGAUGGAGCAGCAGAGGACCUCGAGGAUGCUUGUGUUAGAUCUGCUGGAAUACUCACCUAAGCUCACCCAAACCUAUACAGAUGUAAAUUUUCUCUCGAAGCAUUGUAAUAAUAAUAAUAAUGCAAAGUGCUUUAGGUGAUGUCAGAAACCAAGAUGUGUACAUAAUUGUUGGAUUUUCCUUUUUACGAAGUAAAAUGAAACAAAAAUUAUUAGAAAAUUAUAACUUCUAUUCUUUGCAAGAUGUUUGUGUAUAUGGAAUAUAUUGGAUGAUAUGCAUGGAUUAAUUAUUGUGUAUUUUUUGUGAUAUUUAUAUUUUUAGGGGGAAUUGCAUUUAUCCGCGUUACUCUUGUCAUUUGAGUUUCCGAUUGGUUGAUCUUUCAAAGUUGUUUACCAAACAUGUAUGCUAAUGUUUCAACUUGUUGAUUAUUUACUAAAGAUACUGAUUGGCUGUUAAUGGUGUAUUUCGUCCAGGACACUAUGUACUGACCUCCGCUCAGUGUGGCAUGUGUUUCUACUGCCAAUGUUUGGCUUCAUUUUUCACUUUAUUUUAGUUUUGAAUUUUCACUGAAAUCACUGCACUUGGCUUUCUCAUCUAGCAAAAAACUGGAAAGUUUUGAUAUUUUUCAUAAUAAAUGGACAAUAUCCAGUGUUAGCCAUGUCUCCCACAAGGUAAUGGUUUCAAAUCUGCAUGCUUUGUCAUAGAUCUAGACAUAUCAUAUUUUAUUUUUACAUCAUACUAGCUUUGUAUUUACUAUAUAUCUCCUAUAUCCACACCUUAUACUGGUCGCUGUGACUUGUGUGUUGUUUGUUGGCCAUUUAAUGUGUUGGUUACAUACCCUUCUCCACUAACGAGUGUGAGUGACCCGUGUGAUGGAAAAGUUGCUAGACCAUUGGAUCAUGUUACAAGCAAAACAAGUUCCAUGAGGUUGGAAGGUUUGUCUUCAAAUGAUAAGUCGUACGACUCCUGAAAGUGUGGUAAAAAUCUGAGAUAACUCUCGAUGUAAUCCAAAAUAUAACAACUCUCUCUUACAUGGGUCCUCCUAUUUGUGGAAAAUACAUGACUAAGGAUUCCCUCUUCACCGUCUUCCAUCAUAUAAAACAAAUGAAAUUCAAAGUAGUCUGUCAGUGUCUGCUGCAUUCAGAUGUAUUUUUUCCAUCAUGGUUCAGUAUCCUUGCGUUUUUAUAAUUCAUUGUUAUAGAAAUUUCAUAUAUCAGUACUUAACUGACCUCAAUGUAAUGCAGCUGUUCUGUGUUUUAUCUAAAUAUCUUUUUGAAUCCUCAAUAUGGGAAUAUGUGUCUUUAUUUAUGCUAUACAUGAUACAUAGUAAGUCUUUGCAAUAGACAUUACUUAUACGGAGAACAGAAUUGUUGAAACAUGUUUAGUGUUCAAAUUUCUAUCAAUUUUUCUUUUACAAAUACAUGACCAAGACUUUCUAUUUUUUUUUUUUUUUUUUUUUUCGUUUUUGUCUAUUUUUGAUCCUAAUCUAUAUUUUAUUUAUAUAUACAUUUACAAGUGCGUAUUUGACCCCUAAAUAGAUCUUCAUUUAUUACUUAUAUGUCGAAAAAAUAUGAAGUGCUGUGUUGUAUUUUCUUCAAAUUAAUACCAAACUUAUGGAGCCUUUUAUUUCAAAAUUCUUGCAUCUAGAUGGUUGAUUGAAAGUUGUAGAUUUUGUUAUUCGGACCAAUUGUGUAGUGAGUUAUUUUUAAAAUCUUUAAGCAUGUUAGUGUCUUGCCAAAGUGACAAUGUGAUGUUUGUUGUCCCUCUGAGGACAAACUUAUACACACACUUAGGCUUUCUAAGCCAUUCUAUCGCAAGACUUUCAAAUAUAUUUAUAAUGCAGUAAUUAGGCAGUGAGCUGCAUUGAUAUAAUUAAUUCUGUUAUUACAAGAAGUACCAACAUUGAAGAGAAUUCUCCAUCGGGUAGACACUGUUAUAAACAGUUAGAUUUACGAUAAGCAUAAAGAAUACCUGUCAUCAUUGUGCAAGUAGUCUCGAGCUCAGCUUGUCAAACAUGUGGUUGUGUCAACUGUGAUGCUAAUGAGGAAAGCCUAGGUGUGAUAUAACAGAACGUCUUUUCGUACUAAUGUGUUGUCAAAGUUUCACUUAAUAAAUUCUAUACAAAUCAA